AUGCAGCAACCCAGGGAACGCAAGCGGAAAGUGAUCGAUCCGUCGAAACAAGAAGAAACAGCGCGGAGAAUCGCGGCGGUGGAAGCGAAGAGACAGAAAGUCAUAAGCGAGGUGGAACUUUCCUUAAAGCGUAGACGAUUUGACAGGAAAGCGAUAGAAAAUGCGCGUCUCGAUAUGGAAGAGUGCAUUCGGCAGAAAGAGAUGAGGGAUGCGAAAAAAUUGCGCGGCGAAAAAGCGAUGGUGCAGAUCCGUCGAGACCUGCGUACCAUCAUCGAGGCGGGUAUAGAGUCCAUUCAGCCGUCAGCGAUUGUACCUGAGAAGAUUAACUACGACGGCCGCGCCACGAUGACAAUCGAGGGCGUGAAGUACAAAAUCAAAAAUAACUUGCACAUAGUCGGCUGGGGCAGGGAAGCCGGCGUUAUGAGCACGACGUUCGAGAGGAUAGUCGGCAAACAAUUGAAAAAAGGAUUUAUAGUGGUACCUCGCAAGUCGAUCUUCGCGAUAUGGAGCUAUCCGAAAGCGUUCCCGAAAUUGGACAGUCGUAUAAACUUGGUCGAGGUCGGCAAGGACGGACUGCCGGAUGGUGAUAUGGUCGACACCACGCGGAAAAUCGCGAAUUACUGUAAACGACUGAAGAAACGCGACUUGCUGGUGGUUAUGCUGUCGCGAGAUUCCGACGAUCUCCUGUGCUGCCCGCGGGAUACAAUUACAUUGAGAGAUAAGUUGAGAGUUCUCAACAGGUUAAAAGCUGCUAAUGCGACUCCCGAGGAAAUCAAUAUCGUGAGGAAUAAACUUUCCGCGAUAAGGGGCGGCGAUCUGGCGCGUCUGGCUUAUCCGGCUAAAGUCAUCACCCUCUUCACGUCUGACGUGUCAGCAGAACCGCCGGAACAAUUGGGGGGUGGUCCGUGCGUCUACGAGCCGAAGGACCAAACGGCCCUGCUCGUUUUGAUGAAGUACAAACUUCUCGACAAGGUGUCGCAGAGCGUGCGCGAGGUAUUAGGGGCGCCGGGACCGCCGGGGACGCCGGCCGACGCCCAAUUAAACGAGGACGGCAGGUACAACUUCGUGAGGCAGCAUGUGAUCGCGUGCAACGCGGACGCGAUAGAACGCAUGGCGAGACGGGCCCUGCAACUGGGACUGUCCCCCUUGAAAUUAGAGUCCACCUGCAGCGGCACCGUCGACGAAUUCGGGCAGGAGUACGCGAAGCUCGCGUCUCUGAUGAUCCUGGCGGUCGAGGGCCAAAUUACCAGGUUGGAGAUGUACGAGCAGAUGAAGGAGAGCCCGGUGUGCUCGCUGAGCGAUCAGAAGGUGUGGGCGCUGUUUCCCACCGAGGACAAAUGGGCCCUGGGACUGUGCCUCUUGCUGGGAGGUCGACCGGCGGUCCACCUCCCCGACGGCGCGCGUCCCGUCAACGGUGGGCCCAAUCAGGAGCUCGCUCUCUGCUUCUCCUUAUAUUGGUGCAUGCGUACGAAGCAAUAUCCAAUUUUGCGAGGAUACACCGUCUGGUUCCUCGGCGGUAGCUCUCACGGCAGAGACGGCAAUACCAGCGCAGCUGGCGCCUACGGAUACUGGAGCCUCGCCGAGGACGUUUAUUCGGAACACGAAAAAGCGAGGAGCAAGCAUGAGGCGGCCCUGCAGAAAUUGCGGAAGCUCGUCGAAGAUAAACUGAGCGGAUCGGAGAUCGCGGAAGCCCGGCGAGAGGCGACGGACGCCGCGGAAACGUGCGAGAAGUACGCGGCCGUUCUGCCGGAACGAGUCCUCGGGGAGAACAACAGCAAUCUGUUCUUCUCGUGUAUCAACGACGGCGACGAGCUAUUGCCGCCGAAGAGCGGAAAUGAUUACGCGGCGGUGGACGUCGGGGAUCUUCACGUGAUACGAAUCGAGCGUCAGCGGUGCAACUGCAGCGACGACUGUCACACGGACGAAGACGGGACGCGCAGCGAUAGAGACCGGCCUGUCAAUCGCACGUUAUCGACAACGGCGGAGCCGAUCCUCGAUGUGAAAGAUACGACAGAAGCAGCCAGCAACAAUGCUAUAAACGAAUGGAUUCGACCUUUACCAGGUGUAGAAGAAUGA